CUUGGAGGGGCACCGGGGUUUGGACCCAGUCUAUGGAGAAACCGCCCGAGCAGAUGUCCCUGGAUUCCCCGUGUCCAUCCCCCGAGCAGGAGCCUCGAAAGACCAAGGAUGAGGAAACUGAUGCCCAGGAAGAAGAAAUAACUUCCCCAAGGGCACCCUGCUGGUGAUGGCAGAGCUGGCAUUCGAAUCCGGUGGACUUCAGGGUGCACCCACCCCCACCCCAUUCUGCGUACCGUUACCCAGAGCCUGAGAGUUCCUGUCUUUUUUCAUCCUUCAUUCUCCCCGUUGGCCUAGGCUGGGCAUGGGGCGCCCAGUGAUGCUGACGAUAGAGGACAGAGAUGUGAAGGGCUUCACCUGGGCCAUAGCCCCUGCCUUGACUUCUCUGGGCUACCUGCUUAUCCUGCUGGUCUCCAUCUUCCCCUUCUGGGUGCGGCUGGUGAACGAGGAAUCCCAGGAAGUGUUCUUCAGUGGCCUAUUUGAGAACUGCUUCCAUAUCAAGUGCUGGAAGCCUCGACCCUUAUCCAUUUACGUCAUCCUCGGCCGAGUCUCCCUGCUGUCCGCUGUUGUCUUGUCUUUCCUCACCACUUUCAUCAUGGUGUCGUUUGCAUCUCAGCUCUUUCCGAGGACCCGGAAGCACAAUUUUGUGUCAGCCUUCAUCAGUUUCCUCACAGGGGCUUGUGCCUCCCUGGCCUUGUUGCUGCACGCCCUGGAGAUCCAGAGUCUGCGGAUGAAGCCCAGCCCCCCACAGUUCUCCAUACAGUGGCCUUACUACGUCCUGGGCUUCAGUAUCCUUCUGUUCAUGGUGGCUGGUACCAUCUGCCUCAUCCAAGAAAUAGCCUGCCCUAGAUGCCAUUUGUUGCCCAUUUCCCAGAGUACUGAGGACACCCAAGAGAUCUCCUACCUGGAAAACCUGGAUAGUCUGGGAGGAGAACUGAGCUCCACGCAGAAGGAGACGCUGCUGAAGGAAGAAACCAUUAUCUAGACCCAGACAGUCUGUGCCCUGCCCUUCGCCAGGCGGUGCGAGUGCACACGUGCCAGUGUGUGCGGCUCUUCAGUCUCCACCAGUCUCUGCCGCUUCUGAUGAGGCUCUUGAGCGUCAAGUCAACCCCUCCCUUCCCCCUACUCACAGUGAUUCUAUCCUGCGUGUGUUUGAUAUUUGUUAAACGUUUUUUGAAUUCUUCCUGA